UUCCGACACUGUGUUUCAGGUUACUUUGGACUGCUGAAAGAGAAUGGCCCGUACCAAGCAGACAGCGCGGAAAUCGACUGGCGGGAAAGCUCCCCGCAAACAGCUGGCCACCAAAGCGGCGCGGAAGAGCGCUCCAGCCACGGGCGGAGUGAAGAAGCCUCAUCGCUACCGGCCCGGCACUGUGGCUCUGAGGGAGAUCCGGCGCUACCAGAAAUCCACCGAGCUGCUCAUCCGCAAACUUCCCUUCCAGCGCCUGGUGCGAGAAAUCGCUCAGGACUUCAAGACCGAUCUGCGCUUCCAGAGCUCGGCGGUCAUGGCCCUGCAGGAGGCCAGUGAAGCUUACCUGGUGGGGCUCUUCGAGGACACCAACCUGUGCGCCAUCCACGCCAAGCGAGUCACCAUCAUGCCCAAAGACAUCCAGCUGGCCCGCCGCAUUCGUGGAGAGCGCGCCUAAAUUCGGCCUCGGCACCAAGCUCAACAAAAGGCUCUUUUAAGAGCCGCCAAUCCGACAGUGGAAAGGGCUGUCACUACUUGUACACCGACACACCAUUCCCAGUGAUAUAACCUCUUCCUCACCGGCAGCACGUGUUCCUGUCCCACAUAUCUGUCGUGUACUAAUGAUUUAUUGUGGCAAUGUUACCAGGGAUUUGCAAUUACUACUAUUAUCGAGAAUGGGCUUUGGUAAGUGCAGUCUUAACCUUCAGUACCCAGUCCCUAUUUUUAGACGAUUUCAGGAAAGUUUCACGGGGACGCAGUGGUCUCGAUGCUGUAAUUCCGGUUCUUUCACACAACCAACUUUUUUUUACGCUUUGCAAACUAGCCGUAGCCGGCAGUUUGAUAAGACAGACCAGUGCUGACGUUUAUAUACGGACCCAACAAGAAAAUAAACUGGAUUGGCUGGAGUUAAAUUGCCAGAAACUUUAAAACGGACCAUUUAGGCUGAUGGUGAAAAAUUAUUCUUUCUUAAGUUAAUCAGUCAAUGCAUAUCGUUGCUGACUACGGCUAUUAUUUUUAUUGAGAACAGGUUUAAUAAAUGCAGCUUUCCAGUCCUAUUUCUGGUGGAGUCCAAAAGACAGGAGUAGAAUCUAGCCCCUCGAGUCUCUCCCCAUUCAAUUAUGGCUGAUGCUUUUUAUUUGCUCCUCCCAACCCCAGUUCCCGAGACCAUGAUAGAUUCACUGGGACAAGUCUGCAGACGCUGGAAUUCUGUGCUUUCACGGAAAUAUUAUUUCCCCCACGUUACAUACUCGCCUUAGACCGCAGUUUGCCAAGAGGGACCAGUGCAUAAUCUGAUGAAGUUUGUACCCAGACCGAACACGAAUAUAAACAGUGGAAGCUAAAUGUCUGGAAAUAUUCAACCUGCUGAGUGAAAUAACACUUACGUUGUUACUGUAAAAUAAAUGUUGAUCGAAUUAGUGAGUCAAAGCAUAUGUUUGUAGGCUACGGAUUAGUAAAUAACUUCUUCGGUGGCUUUUCAGGUUAUCUGGGGAACUGAUAGUUACUAUCGGCGCUUUUCUUUCUGCUCGCUGUUCUUCAGCAAAUAAGGCGACUCUCUGAUUAGCUUAUUACAUUACCGGAAGAAUUGUGAAUUUAAUCUCCAGAUCCUUGGGUGUCAAUGAUUACUUUCGUAUUAUGCACUGAUUACAACAGCCGUGGAUUAUGCCGUGUUGCAUAUAGCUCUGCUGGAUCAUCAGUUUUGAAAUGUCUGGGUGUUAGUCAUGACCGUCUGCGUUGUGUUGGUAGGUCUUGUGUUUCUGCUCUGCAGGGGGAAGUGGAUCAGAUGUCAUAGUAUCUGCGAAGAUUGAAGAUGUCUGUGAAUUAUUGACUAGACUUCAGUGGUCGUGUGGAUGAUCAUCCAACUCAGAAUAUAUUGAAAGACUGGAACAUCAAGUUUGCAAGAUUUGCUGCUUUGGGUGGGAAGGAAAUGAUCAGAUGACCCGGGACUAUCCAAUAUGAGCUAUGUUCCUGCAUGGCUUUAUCCAUUAUUGCUCCCUGGCUAUUUGCUUCACCUGGGGCAUAUUUGAAUUGCAUCAGGUUAUGAACGAACUAUGACUGCAGUUUUCACCAAUUAUUGGUGAAAGAACUGGCUGGCAUUGAAAUGGGAUUCAGAAAUUACCAAAAACGGGACAGAAAUUAAUAAAACACAUACCCUAAAACAAUUAAACAAGAGGAUCAGGAAAUAUGCACCACUGACACAAUUUGUGAUUACCGAGAUGAAGUGACGAGAAAGAGGGGUCAUGUUUCCAUGUGUACAGUAGUUAAACUGGAUGAGACAUUAGGAUUAUACUGACCAGUGGACAGCAUAUUCUGAUUAACAUGAAUAGGAUUUGAAUUGGCUCAAGAAGCAGCUCUGCUAGUGAAAUAGUGAGUGGUUCUUAUAAGAGCCUUUGGGUUUUUGGUUUGUUUUGGCAGCACUCUUCAUUUGGAGCUAGUAUACUUAGUCACUGCCUUUGUCGCUUCCAAUAUGGCAUGCUUGGCCAGCUCCCCAGGCAGCAGUAGGUGCACGGUGGUCCAGAUCUCGCAGGAGCUGAUGUUCGACUGCUUGUUGUAAAGGGCUAAUUAGGAAGCUUCACCUGCGAUGCGCUCGAAAAUGUUGUUCACAAACGAGUUCAUGAUGGUCAUGGCUUUGGAAGAGAUGCUGGUGUCAGGGUGAACCUGCUUCAUCACUUUGUAUGUAUAGAUGGAGUAACUCUCCUUCCUCAGCCUCCUGCCUUUCUUGCCAGACUUGACUGAUAGUUUUGGCAGUGCUUAGUGCCCUUCUUGGGAGCAGGUUUCUGAUCGGGCAUUUCCUCUGUUGAUUUAAGACCUAGAAAUAAGCAGAAUAAUCUUUGGAGCGCAAAUUAAUUAGACAGCACUGACAGCAGAAUGGUAAUAAGGCAUGGGGAAUCCUAGAAUUUUCAUUAGCCGCUGGGAGAGAUGAAUAUCCUGUCGAAUUUAUUUUGACCAAUCCAACCCAUUAACUAGUGUUAUGUGUGCUGAACAAACCAGAUGGAAAUGGGGUCCAGAGCUGACCCCCGCCCCUGGAACUAUGCUACUAAUGAGAGAGAGAGAUGAUCAGAGGUAGAGGCACCUGCUACAGAUAAGAAAGAGGGAGAAGGAUGGUUUAUGUAUUAUGGCUUCUUCAUUGAUGAUUUACCUUUUGCUACAAGGACACUUCUUUGCUCGUUAACAUUCCUGAGGAGACAGUAGGGAGUGGCCAGUUUGAUGGACAUAGAGUUGAUGGAUGGCUGGUACCCCACCAUUGGGGGAUAAAAGACUGGUCUGCGGGGACACCAACAGACACACCAGUGGACACUGAAAGAGUGUUGUGCACCCACAGGAAGGUGGGGGCCUGGAGGAUCGGUUCAGGAGAAUUGGCCCGGAACACAGUGAAUGAAGGCAGACCGGUGGGGACUUGUGUGUGUGCCAGCCCUUGCCUGGGUGACAAAGCCAUCACUGAAGAACGGUCUAGACUGGUACAGAAGGGUCAUAAUCGGUGACCCCAAUGGUACAACGGAACAAGAAGACGACAGAAUGUUUGCCUGCUGCAGCUGCUCAUCUCUUGCUCGCUCUCUCUCUCUCUCUCCAACAUUACAACACAACAACAACUACCUCAAUACAAACUGAACUGAACUCUAUGUUCUCUUAUGACAAUUCAGUUACCCGCUAGACUUUGAUAGAGCUUGGUUUUGAUUCUUAUUCCUGCACUUCUGUAUUUAUCAUUGCUAACCUGUUUUAUAUGUAUAUUGGCACUUUUGAUACUGUAUUGCUUAGUGUACUAAUAAACAUCUUUAGUUUCAGUCCCUCCAGGACUCCAAUGUAUCAGUCCAUUUCUGCUGGUCUGUUAACCCAGUUACGGGGUACGUAAUACUAGAUAUUAGAAGGAACAAAUCAGAAUUGCUUGCUCCACCAACAGAAGCCGCUCACAUUUGGUUCAGGUAACAGUGCGGA